CCCGAGCCGUAGCGGAGCUAUCCGGAACAUCCGGCUGUGGCCUUUCAACAUAAACAGCAAUGGCGGAGGCAGCAGCAGCGUCUACAGCGGCUUCAACAGUCACGGGAGGCUGGACCAAACACGUAACCUGCAGGUAUUUCAUGCAUGGGCUUUGCAAAGAAGGAGACAACUGUCGAUACUCACAUGAUCUCGCCAGCAGUAAACCUGCAGUCAUGAUUUGCAAGUUCUUUCAGAAAGGAAACUGCGCGUUUGGGGACCGUUGCAGGUUUGAACACUGUAAACCAGCCAAGCAAGAGGAGCUGCCGAACACCCAGGCGCUGCCGCUGCCUUCCCUCCUGGUGGUUGGCCCGUCAGACCCAGAGCCCAGUGGACCAACACCUGGCCCAGGGGCACGAGACUGGGUCAAUGCUGCCGAGUUCGUUCCAGGGCAGCCUUACUGUGGACGGGCGGAGUCAGUGAAGGUGGAGGGGUCCAUCCCGCUCAUUGAGGAGUUUGACAAAGACUCAACGCUGGAUGACAAAGAGAUGAGGAAGCAGCUUUGUCCGUAUGCUACUGUCGGAGAGUGCCGCUAUGGACUAAACUGCGCUUAUCUCCAUGGCGAUGUGUGCGACAUGUGUGGCCUGCAGGUGCUCCACCCCUCUGAUAACACCCAGCGCUCAGAGCACACCAAGGCUUGCAUCGAGGCCCAUGAGAAAGACAUGGAGAUCUCUUUUGCCAUCCAACGCAGCAAGGACAUGAUGUGCGGUGUGUGUAUGGAGGUUGUGUUUGAGAAGGCCAACCCAAGCGAGCGACGUUUUGGCAUCCUCUCCAACUGCAGCCACUGCUACUGUCUGAAAUGCAUUCGCAAGUGGAGGAGCGCCAAGCAGUUUGAGAGCAAAAUCAUCAAGUCUUGCCCAGAGUGUCGGAUCACAUCAAAUUUUGUCAUUCCAAGCGAGUACUGGGUCGAAGAUAAGGACGACAAGCAGAAACUCAUCCAGAAAUACAAGGACGGCAUGGGGAGUAAACCAUGUCGAUAUUUUGACGAGGGUCGUGGAACCUGCCCUUUCGGCUCAAACUGCUUCUACAAGCAUGCCUUUCCUGACGGACGGCUGGAGGAAGCUCAGCCACAGCGAAGGCAGGCAGGAUCCAACGGCAGGAACCGGAAUUCGAGGCGAACGCCCCUUUGGGACAUCUUUGACGAGCGGGAGAGCACCGAUUCCUUCGACAACGAGGAUGAGGAGAUGGUGACGUUUGAGCUGAGUGAGAUGCUCCUCAUGCUCCUUGCUGCAGGAACCGACGAUGAGGUGACAGAUUCAGAGGACGAAUGGGACUUGUUUCAUGAGGAGCUGGACGAUAUCUAUGAGAUUUACCUAUAGCACCCCUGCCUACUAACCCCAGCCCCUUCCCCCCACCCUUAAAGUCCUAUUUCCCCCUCUAUACUAGACACUAGAAUGGACUGUCUUGUGUGAGUGAUGGACAGUAGCUCCCGCCCCUCCCCCCUGUGUUGUGGCAGUGCCUUUAAGCAGGCCAUUAAAAAAUGAACCUAAUAAAAGUUUAAAAACUAAAAAAAAAAACAAAUUAAUUAAAAAAUAAAAUAAAAAAAAAAUACAAGAGGUUGGUGCAUUCGUGCUAAACAUUUUCUAGAAACCUGUCCUUGUGACUCUAUCCUCGUGCGGUUCCUGUUUAAAAAAUAAAAUAAAUAAAUAACAAAACAACAAAAAAGAAAAUUAACAAAAAGUAAUAAUUUUCUUUAAAUAUCGCUAAUAAACAUUGUCAAGUUUAUUUGUGGGUGUGGGUUUGACUUAUGAUUUACCCAGGUGUUUGUACAUAUUUCUGAGACUCUCUGAGGAUGCACUUAACUACUAUUCAUCUCCACUUCCUGUACAGGUGAAGGGUAUGAUGUAGGGUUUGACCGAUAUUUUUCUUAUUCUUAUUUGCAUUUGUUUGUUUUUAAGCUGCCGAUAGUUUGUAUUUUGUGUUGCUAUUUAAUAUACCUCAAUUUGGCCAUUUUCAUGCCAAACAGUAUUGUUAAUUUCACUUGUUGGGCUCAUCAAGAAAAACUCUUGAAACCAUAAACUCAUGAAAUUCAUUUAGGUUUAACAUGAACAAUUAAUUUGCAGACAUUAUUGAGCAACUCAAGGAAUAAAUAAAAUGUUAAGAAAAUAAAAUGGUGUGCCUGACUUGCCAGAUAUUUUAUGUAGCACCAGUCAGAGAGCUCCAUUAUAUCAGAGGUGGAGAACACACUGACUGGUCCAUAUUCAAUAUUUUGUAAAAAGCCCAUAUUGGCCCAGUAUAACGGCAGUCUGAUAUCGGUCUAACCCUUAAGUGGCGGUUCUGGAUUGAUCCUCUUGUGCACUGAAAUGAACUGGGUCAAGGUAGCCAUCAGCUUCAGUCACUCUAAAGUAACCUUAGCCCUACUCUUACUCCUGUUUUCCCUCCUGAAACACAUGAACGUCUUUUAACUCUUCUCCUUAACCCCCAGUGCACCUUUCUGUCCGUCCCGAAUCUCAGUAUCCAGGAACACCUGUGGUACCACAAGGCAAUGCCUUGCUCAGAACCAAGCUUCAGAGUGAAUACUUGUGAAUUGGACUCUUCACAUCAGCAGACUUAAAUUGCAGGAAAUAAAAGAGGCUGAAUGCUUUCUUUCCCAGAAUACCUGUCUAUGAACUGUAGAUAUUUCUGUUUGCUUCAAGUGAGUAAUGCAUAUAAAGCCAAGCUGAAAAAGAUUCCCAAUCACAAACUCCAGAUAGCUGGUCAUAACCUGUUGAACUCCAUUGGAAUGCAUAUGUUUAUACUGAAAUGUGUGUUUUCUAUGUUCCACAGCCAUCCAUCAUAACUUGAAAUUAAAGUUUAUUAUCAAAUUA